AUGCCAACCGCGGGUUCAACCAAGAAAAAGAGUGCCAAAAAAAUCUCAGCCGACAAUCAAGAUCCACUAUCUUCAUCUGGUGUCUCGUCACUAUCUGGAAUUGGUUUGUACAACUCCAAAAAGAUCACAAUUUUUAAAAAUGGCGACAGAUUUCAUAGAGGAGUUAAGGUAAGAAUUUUUGAAAUUCGAAAUGUUUCAUCCUGCCCUCCUUUCAGUUUGUCAUAAAUCCACGUGUCAUCAAAGAUCUCGAGCCGCUCAUGAAUCAAAUCAAUGAUCGGAUCGAGCUAUCACACGGUGUUAAAAAACUCUAUUCAGCCGAUGGCAAACCCAUAAAAGCUAUCAAACAACUCGAAGACGGCAAGAUCUACGUGGCUGCGUCGGCACAAUUCAUCGCAAUGCGUUACGGUGAUUUUCAGGAAAAAGUUUGGAAACCACCGAGUCGCAAGCAUAGCCCAAUUUUUGGUGAGGAUCGUAUAAAAACCGCCAGGACACGGAGUCAAGAGCCAAGGCAACGAAAAGCUGCGCGAGAUGCUUUGCCACAAGAAGCACGUGUGCCACGUAGUGUAUCGGUGAAGAAUAUUUCUAAUCGAAAACCUGCAGUGCCUACACCAGCGGCUCCUGCGAAACGCAAAGAAAACGGAAAACCAAAAGCGACUCCUGCUGCGAAGCCUCCAGUAAACUCCACAAAACCGAAACCAAAAGCUACAGAAAUGCCUCGUCCAAAAGUUCGUGAAUCUCGCGCACCUGCCAAAUCACAGCCACCACGUCGCAAAACACCAAAAACUGCGGCAUCGGUAGCUUCAUCUGUCAUGCCACAACCUGUAAAUUCUGGAGCUGCGCAGAUUUUGGAGUUUCCGGAAGUCGAAAAGGUGGUGAAUGUGGAGACGAUUCAUAAAACACCGACUCCACCAGCUAAGCCAAGAUCACCGAGUCCGGAAGACAAGAAGGAGGAACCGAAAUCUGUGUCAGCGUGAGUUUUUGCAAUUUUGCGGCUUGUUUUUUUUGUAAAAAAAAAAUCUUUUUUUUUAGAAUUCACAGUGAAGACGAGGAUAAAGAGACAGAAUUCUCAUCUGAUGGAGAACCUGAAGAAGAAGAUGAAGCUUCAGGAUCUGAAGAAGAUGAAGCUGAAAGUGAAGAAGGGGAAGAAGAGGAAGAAGAAGAGGAUGAGGAAGAAGUAGGAACUGAUUCAGAAGUCAAUACACCAUCCAGCAGAAAAUCAUCGUAAGUUCUGAACGGAAAUAAAUUUGGUGCAAAAAUUUGGAUUUUUCUCGGAAAAAUGAUGGGAGAAUUCGAAUUAUGAGAUUUUUCUUUUCUAAACUUAAAAAAAAUCUAAAAAUCUCAUACCAAACCCCCCGCCCCUCCUAAGAACCCCAAAAAAUUUCUUUUUUUCAGAUCCGCCGAAUCUGGAGUCGAAGAUGAUGAUAAAGAUCACAAAAAAGAAGAUGCCAAAAAAUAA